AUGAUCAAAACGUCAAAAUAUAACCUCAAACUAAUCUAUCUAGUGAGGGGAUUUACAGUACAAUGUUUCAACAUUUUCACUAUUUGUCAGUGUGAUCUGAUUUGUGAGUUUUUCAAACUGGCUGUUUUGUUUUAUUAGCAACAAUGAAAACAAUUGUUGGUAAAGUGGUUGUUUUGGGACAUCAAGGUGUGGGAAAAACCAGCACAGUUAUACGCUAUGUGGAAAAUUCUUUCAGCCAGCACAUCACCCCAACCGUUGGCGCUUCAUUCUUCAGCUGUAAACUCCUAAUUGACGACAUCACUGUAAAACUUCAAAUAUGGGACACCGCAGGUCAAGAACGGUUCAAAGCAAUGGCCCCAAUGUUCUAUCGCAACGCCAAUGCUGCUUUAAUCGUUUUCGAUAUCACACUAAGACAAAGUUUCGAAAGCAUGCAAGGAUGGGUUUUUGAACUCAAACAAAACGUUGACAAUCCAAUGGUCCUGUGCGUUGUGGGCAACAAAAGCGACCUAGCAAAAAAUAGACAAGUGAAUAGGGACGAGGCAAUACAGUAUGCCAAAAGUAUAGGAGCUACUUAUCACGAAUGCUCAGCCAUGCAUGACCAGGGCGUAGGUUUAGUUUUUGACGACGUAGCGCGAGGCUUGAUUCGACUGCUGGGAAAUAGCAGUGACCACAAUCUGAAAGUGUACGACAGUGAAAAUAUCGAUAAUAUUAUGGCGAAUUCGAGCGAGCUCGAAGCCACAGAUACGGGGAAAGAGGAGACGGUUAAUUUGAGUAUUAAUAGCAUAGCACAUGGCAAUACUGUGAAGAAGUGUUGCUGAACAAUUGAUGCCAUAUCCAAAAUUUGUGAUUAAUUUUACACACAAGAAAUCAUUGGAGCAAUAUUUUUGUUAAGCGGAACUGAUAAAUUAACACUUGUGAUAUGUAGGAAGACGUAAUAAAUCUACGUAUUCUGUUUUAUA